AUGGCCUCGACGAUGCCGAUAACAAGCACUUGCGGAGAAAAUGAGCAGCAACCUAACCGACUCCAUAAACGAGCUCCGUCUUUAAAGAUUGAGCUUGUGUCGGUUAGUAACGUUAACGUGGCGAUCCCUCUCCUCUCGCCACUCGCACCCUCGCCAACGUCGUCCUUGGACCAAUCGCAUGUUCAUCCGCCACAGAAAAAGACUGGGAAACCUGUGGUGGAGGAGGAGGAGGAGAAGAAAACGCCGGUUUUCAGGAAAUGGCAACAUCCGGCGGUGCCGUUCUGCUACGACUACGCGCAAGCCAUGUUUGUCCAACCGUUUAUUCCGGUUUAA